AUGUCUUUCCUCGCUACUGCUGGUGCUCGCACGCUGCUUGCCAACCGGGCCGCCUCGACGGCCGCGCGCUCCUUCUCGACUUCGCUCCGCGCGGAGAAGGACGUGAAGAACGUCACUGUUUUCGGUGCCGGUCUGAUGGGUGCUGGUAUUGCCCAGGUCCUUUCGAACGUCGGCAAGUACAACGUGACUCUCGCCGAUGUUACCGACAAGGCGCUGUCGAACGGCCAGGCGAUCAUCACCAAGUCGCUCCAGCGCAUCGCCAAGAAGAAGAUGGCGGACAAGUCGGCUGAGGAGCAGGAGGCCUUUGUGAAGGGUGUUGUCGACUCUAUCAAGGUCACCACCGAUGCCGGUGAGGCCGUGGAGAGCACCGACCUUGUGAUUGAGGCGAUCAUUGAGAACCUCAAGAUCAAGCAGGACCUCUUUGGCUUCCUCGACACGAAGGCCCCCAAGGACGCCAUCUUUGCGAGCAACACCAGCUCGCUGAACAUCACCGACGUGGCCAACGCGACGAGCCGCCCGACGCAGUUUGGUGGCUUCCACGCCUUCAACCCUGUGCCGCAGAUGAAGCUGAUUGAGAUCGUGCGCACCAAGGACACCAACGACGAGACGCACGCUACGCUGAUGGAUGUCGCCAAGAAGAUGGGCAAGGUGCCCGUCACCUGCAUUGACUCGCCCGGCUUCAUCGUCAACCGCCUGCUGGUUCCCUACCAGCUCGAGGCCAUCCGCCUCGUUGAGCGCGGUGUCGCCUCGCCCGAGGACGUCGACACGGCCAUGAAGCUCGGUGCUGGCUACCCCAUGGGUCCCUUUGAGCUGGCCGACCUGGUGGGUCUCGACACCCUCGAGCACAUUGCCCAGGGCUGGCGCGAGUCGUGCGCCGGCACCGAGCACAUGCCCGAGGCCUACGUGCAGGAGUCGCCUCUCCUCUCUGGCCUCAUCAAGGACGGCAAGCUCGGCCGCAAGACCGCCGACAAGGGUGGCUUCUACCAGUACAACAAGAAGUAA